AUAGAUUUACAAGUCAGUGACCAGUCAUGUUACUACAAAAUUUUGUAUUACGUCAAUUAAUUAUUUGAAAUAAUAAUGUGAAAAGUAAUUAUCACACAGCAUGAGACAAUAGAUAAUACACGUACAUGAAGAUGGAAAGCGUAACAAAUUUUUCAGUUUCGCUUAUCAAAGGAUUUAUAGACAGUUUACGAGGUGUAACUGUACUUCUAUAUUUAGAUAAAGAAAUAAACGAACGGGCUCUAAGUCGUUCCCCACAACCAGAAUUAGACGGCUCCAAACAGAAAUUAAAACAGCCCAAAGUUAAACAAGAAUCAAAAGUACUUACGAGGGUGUUGCAGUCAUGUGUUUUAAACGGCUUUAUAUUCCUGCUCAGUAUAUUAGUGUUUGAGUAUGCAUUGCUACCAGCGGUGAAGUACUUAGUGAUCGCCGUGUUCGGACACAACCCGGGUGUCGCGCAUAGUGUGUGGUCAUGGAUACAGCCCUUCUUGUCUAUGACGUUCCGGAUGAUAUGGGUGUUGCCGUUGUUUCUGUUGAGCAAGUUGGUGAACAGUCUUUGGUUUCAGGAUAUAGCGGACUCGGCGUACAGACACCGGCGAGGUCGCCCACAGUUCAUGUCCAGUGUGAGCAAAAUUAUUGCUGACUCACUAUUCAGUUUAUUGGUGCAAGCUUUAUUUUUAGUCCAGAGCAUGCUAGUCAGCAUGCUACCGAUCACGUACGUGGGCGAGCUGCUGUGCCUCGUGCACAUGUGUCUGCUCUACUCGCUGUACUCGUUCGAGUACAAGUGGUUCAACAUGGGCUGGGAGCUGCACAAGCGGCUCACCUUCAUCGAGACGAACUGGCCGUACUUCCUGGGGUUCGGGCUGCCCUUGGCCGUUCUGACACAAAUACCCCAGUCCUAUAUCAUCAGCGGUUGCGUGUUUUCAAUAUUCUUCCCUGUUUUCAUUUUGAGUGGGAAUGAAGCCACCCCAGUGACGGGAAGCGAAUACCCUCUCCGGCUGUUCUCACCAGUAGUAGCAAUAUCGAACGGAAUGUUCCGCUUCGUGCGACACAGCGCUGACGUUAUAGACAAAACCAGAUGAUGAACAUUGUUUUAACUUAUAUUUGUGUUGAAACGGGAACAAUUAACCGUUAAAUGGACAUGUUUUUACAGGGGAUUUUAUCACAUUUUCAAAAAAAUCACAUUAAACUUUUUUUUUUGUAGAAAUGGAGGGUAGUUGAAUAAUUCAUCAAUUUAUGAGUUAUACAUGUAUAUUUUUUAAACGUUUUACGUUUAUAUAAGAUAAAGCGAAAUAAAUGAAUUUAAUGUUUCUCUUUAACGUUAUAUAUUUUUCCACCAUUCUUUUUAAUGAGAUAUUGAAUAUGUUUCGUACUAUUUAUUUACCUUGUUGCGUACAUUUUUUGUACAUUUUUUCAGGCAGAUUGCAAAACGACUAAAAGAAGUCUAUUUAUGUAAUGACGAAUUAUUCAACACAUUUCAUAACUUAAAAAAACCUUUAAUAAAUCCAUUAGAGUCACCAUUUAUUUAUAUUAUACUACAGGGCGUUAUUUUAAGGUGUAUGCUACACGUAUUAAUAUGAAUUGGUGUGCAUAUUAUGGUGCACUGCAUAUGUAAUUUGAUCAUUUUUUUCAUACGUUGCUUUACUCGACAUAUCAAUAAAUAAUUAGUCAGGAUAAAUUGUAUUUUUUAUACGUUCGUUCCAAAAAUACUGACAUAUUUUAGAAUAAUUAUGAAUUCCACUGUUUACGUUUCUUGAUGCUGUGCUUUAUGUGAUAGAUAGAUGAGAAAAUGUGCCUUUCUGUUUGUCACCCAAAACAUGUUAGACUAAUUUUGAUAGAAUUUGUCGAAAGGUGGCAAUAAGACGCUUUAUUAAUAAACAUUUAUUUACAAACUAGCAGGCACAAAUAAUCAUUCAAUAGAAAGCAAUAAAUUAUCAUUAAAUCAGUGACAUAUUAAAAACAAUGUUAUUUAAACAUUUUAUACUUAGAUUUGGGGUUAAAUAUCGCUAUAAUUACAAAGAUAAAUGCACGUUUGUGUGCAAUCCACGAUAAUCAUUUAGGCAUAAACACAUGUACCUUAUAACAAAUAUAUUUAAGCCUUAGAUUGUAAAUCAUUGUCAUAUUGUGAUUAUUUUUACAUGACAUUUAUUAAAGGCUGACUGAAUUAA